GAAACUGAUUUGUGGUAACUCCAAAUGUCUCCCGAGCUGUAGCAGCAAUACGGUUUCUAUCAAGGGAAGGGUAACCCCUGGCACGGCAACAGUGAAAUGGAGAAAGGUGAAAAUGCCCAGAAGCUGACAGCAUCUGAAGAGAAACGAAGAGGCCAAGCAUCAGCCCACCCACAGCAGCAACAUCGGUAUGUUGGCCCAUAUGUCUUGGUAACUCCAAAUGAAACCAGAAGAAAACAGUUGCAACAAAUUGCUAAGAAAGAGCUUGAUGACCUGGAGCAAUGGAAGAAAGAACACAGGCCAGGGCCUAUUAUGUUGGUGCCACAGAGACUGGGUGGAAACGAAUCAGAGACUCAAGUAAGACAAAACCAGCAAAUGAUUCUCAUGCAAUCUAAAUACCAGAAAAAGGCAGAAAGACUUGAAGUUAAAAAAAGACAAGAAGAAAUGCAAAGAAGAGAGAUGCUUCUUGAAGAUCAAAAGUACAAAACCAAUGAAUUACUGAACAGAUUGGACGUGGGUUUGCCAAAGAGUGAUUCCUGUCAGAUUGCUAAUCCUGGCCCAGAAUCUAUAGCAUGGAAAAGAAGCCUUGCUUACAAGCAAGCUCUUGGAGAGGAAGAAAACAGAAGAUUAGAGGAAAUGAAGCAAGAACAACAGAGGAAGGCUGAAUUAAUGGAAUUUAAACAAAAGCAGGAAGAUGAAACAAGGACAAAAGCACUUAAAAAGGAACAGAGGAGGGUAAAUAAUGCUUUCCUGGACCGACUCCAAAACAAAACACAGUCUAAUAAUAUCUACCACCCUGGAAAUACUGGACUACCUCAAUAAUGGCAUCUUGGAGUCAAACUACUUGGAAUAAAAGAGGAGCAAGGGUAUUGCAGAAAUAUUCACUUUUAUCUGGCCUAGGCCAAGUGACCUCAUAAAAGCUCCAAGAAACUGCUCUUUAUUGCAUUUCUUUUCUUACUCUGACUUCAGCUGCACACUCUUCAUGAGCAAUCUGCAGAGACUGGUUUUCAGAUGUCAUUAUUCAUGCAUACAUAUUUGAAACAGCUGAUUAUGAAAGUCCUUUUUAAUUUUUUAUAAGAAUAUGUGUAUUUUUUUUUCGUAAAUUGUUUUGCCUCUUGGAAAAUGUAAUUAUCCUGGUCUUCCUGAUCUCUAGAAAAGAAGACAUAAGUGACUGCAGAAACUGUAGUAAUAUAUGUGUUUACUUGCUACUCUAUAUGCAGAAAAAAACAUUUCAGAGACAAUCUAAAAAAGCAGGUAGAGAGUUUUCUUUUGGGAAGGGAAGGAGAAAUAUUGCUGGGGUUUUGUUUGUUUUCUGUUUGUUUUUGUGGAAGUUUCGUGAAGUUAUUUUACUGUUGUACUCAACAGCAGACACUCAAGAAGAAAAAUAUGCAUUGUAGACAGUAUCUUUUAAAUAAGAUCUUAGAAAAA